AUGCCGUCUCGCAUGCUGCACCAAGGCAUCUACGUCUUGUUAGAAAUCAUGAAAGCUCGACGACCGGACAGUCAUGAUUACAUGAUUUCCUUCAUCCACCAUGCGUACGGCCUAAUGACGCUGCUUAUAGAAAUCAUCCCCAAAUUUAAAAAUCUGUGGUUUGAAUGUCUUGGUGACCUGGCCAGCUAUAUGAUGUGUCUUGAGGAUACAGAUUCUGAGAGGGGGACCUGGAACGACAUUUCAUCGCGUUGGUAUCACAAGGCCCUCGACGAGAACCCUGGAAAAGGAAGUCUUUACCACCGACUUGGUAAUCUUUCAACACCCAACAUGGAUGAGCAACUGUUCUUUUACUCCCGGUCUCUUAUGGCAAUCAAACGAUAUGAAUGCCGCGUUGAGACUGCCUUUAAGACGACAUUGAACUCAAUUCAGAAUCAGGAUGUCACCCCGCCAGACUUAACCUCUUGGUUUGUGAGCUCGCAUGCUAUACUUCUUCGCGGUGGUUCAAUCCACAAGUUCAUUGAGUAUGUGAACAAGUAUAUUGCCCUUUUUGACACCGAGAUUGAGCAGCGGACUUUCAAAUUCCGGGAAUCAACAAUCCGCGUGGGAGUCCCCAACAUCGCUGCAAUGUUACAAUAUGGCGAGGAGGAUGGCAUUCUCACAAGAAUGUUUAUAGACUUUCAAAAGCUGAGCUGGGAGGCUAGGUUACAGCAAGCUGAACAGUACUGGCUCCAGCUCCCUUCAGAACCUUCCCAAAACACUCUGAAAGAUGGCAUUCCUUCUGACACUGCAACUUUCUCUACCCCCUUGGAGAAACUUACUUACAGCACAUAUCUGAAUUUUCAUACCCUCUCUUUUGUUCUUCAGCGUGCCCAGGGCGAAAAUAUUUUUCCUUAUGUCCACCUCUCCCUAGCAUUUAUUUUGAGCCUGGCAUUGAUUCCGGAAUCGAUGGUGUAUGUGGAAGGGGAAAUUCCGUGGACAAAGAUCACUAUCUUUCUGAACAUGUUAAGCCGCGAAUCUGUCAGCGAAUCCCGGCUUGAAAGUGUCAACUUCCCGAUCCCAACUGAAACGGAAUUCCCCCAACUACCAGAGGAUUUCCUCUUUCGAAGCCAGAUAUGGUCACAAUUAGUAUAUCCACCUGAUUUCUUCACAAAUGCUACCAUGGAGGACCACAGCGAUGACAUAGACAUGCCCAGCACCCAAUCAGCCCGCAACGAGCGCUGUCUAUGGUAUGGAUAUCGUCUGGCAUCGUAUGGCCGCUGGAUUCAGUUAUUCGAGGAAAACGCCGGGAAGAAAUUUAGACCUACACAUUAUGCCACCCAACUCGAAGCGGCUGCUAUACAUCCUAAAGUGUUUAGACAGCCUCAAAUGUGUAGCUCCCUGCUUAUAGCCAUGAACGACAGGAUAGACGACAUGGAACGCAUGAUGUUGUCUGAAAAGAACCUUGGAAAUGCACUAGACCGAUUGUCCUACGAAAUAUGCGACGCCGGCCGCGACCACAGCGACAUCACUAGGCUUCAAGUCUUCUAUCAAAUGCUUGAAAAUUCUAAGAGCAAGGUCGAGGAUGCCAGAAUAGCCAAAGAAUGCACCAUGGACGAAACAGAAGAUGUGCUCAAGAAACUCUUAACCUCCUCCAACGAUGUCGAUGUCAUAACUAAAGCCAAUGAGAGCCUCAUGCGCCUUCAGGCCUACCGACUCGAAUGCGAAAAGGAAUGUCAAAAUGUUGAGAGUGAUGACAGUUGCAGCGGGGAGGAGAAUGACUUAGCUGCGAACGUAUGGGAUCCUCCAGGACCAAAGACAAAUGGCAGCAAUGAUGAUAUCCGGGUGGAGGCUGGAAUUAAGGGCUCCGAUUGCAAGGUGCAUGCGCAUAACAAGGCAACCAAGCCCAUGCAGGCCUGGAUGGCAAGAUCCCUCCUCAUGCUUGAUGCAGGGGAACCUUCCGUCCGGAUAUGCACUUACAGCCACCAGGUUGCAAUGGGAGCAGCCCAUCUUCCAAUUCCAGUGGUGUAUAGUUUCCCAGAUCAGCGCUAG